CAAUUAGCAAGGAACACACUAUCUAGCUAAACAAGCACACAACAGAAGCAGCAGGGUACCAAGCUAGCAACCUGGUCUUCAUGGAGCUCCUCCCAUGCAUCGCCACGCUCCUCAUCCUCCUGAUCUCCAGCUCCCUGGCAGCAGCGACGUCGCCUGUGGGGACAAUCGAGCGCGUAACUAAGCAACAGAUCCUGGCAAGCAUUCCGCCGGGCGGGGGCCCGCCCGUGCUCUUCCUCACGUCGCCUUCCGGCAAGUACGCGGCCUACUUCGUGCGGACGCACACCGUGCCGGGCGCCGGCGGGCUUGGCGCCGACUUCUGCUACGUCGAGAUCAUCGACACCACGACGGCCGCCGGCGCACAUGGCGGCACCGUCGAGGGCGAGGGCGAGGGCGAGGGCGAGGGCGAGAGCGAGGCCGGGGCUGCUGGUGCAGCCGCCGGAGGAACGAGCGUGUGGGAAUCGGAGUGCCGUCCCAUCAGCACCGUCAACACAUGCGCGCUGCUCCUGUCGUGGCAUGGGCUGGAGGUGUUCGACGGCAGCGAGGAGGUGUGGCACGGCGAGACCAACACAGACGGCACCAACUUCCUCGAGACGCUAGAGCUCGUGGACGACGGCGACAUGCGCAUCCGCGACAAGGACGGCGAGCUCGCGUGGCGCGCCAGCGACGAGCCGCGGCACGCGCAGCACUGCGGCGCGCCGGGAUCGCCGGGGCUCGCCACCGCGCUCCCGCCAUUCGCCGAGCCGCUCGGCGCGCACAGCAGCAACCUCCCCUUUGGGCAGGAACCUGACGGCAACGGCCACUCGGCCGAGCUGCCCCAGGCGGCAGAUGUCGGCAGCGGAGAAGCGGCCUUCGGUGCCGCCGCUGGUGUGGCUGGGCCUGAGCUCGGGCAGGGAGAGCACGACUCGGCAUCCGUGUUCGGUGCCCAGCCGUUAGUGGAUAACAGUCCCUAUGACAGCAGGGCCUGGAAGGAGGGCCGUGGGGCCCAUAUCAUCGCCGUAUGGGUCGCUCUUUGCGUAUCCGCUGUGCUUGGAGGGGGUCUCUAAAUUUGGCGUCCCUACUGCUGCAAUUGGUUGGCCGUGUUGUUUGCGUGGGGUGGGUGAUGUUUGGUGUUUGCAAUGGGUGAUGGUUAAGUAUGUGUUUCUUUUCUUUUUUUAGUUAUUCGCUUGGAUCAAAUAUAUAUUGUGUGACAGGGGAUGUUUGGCUAAUUGGAAUCAAUUGCUAUUAUAUGUAAGGGGUGUUUGUACUGCAUUGCUUUCAAGAAAUUGAAUAUAGUAGCAACUUAAAUUUGGCUU